GGGUCGUUUUUUAAAGAGACAUUUGCAUUGUUGUCAUAUCAUAGCCUACGCUGCUUCACGUCCUCCAAUAACUUUCGCUUUCUUUCUCUGAAGUCCAGAACCAGUGGAUCAGGUUGACGAGUGCAGUUCAGUGGCUCACAGCUCACACACACUUCACAGCUCACCGUUUUCGGUAUUAGGCCUAUUAAUCAGCGCCAAAGUUUGGAUUCAGUUGCUGAUUCUCUCUCAGUCAUGGAUCACACAGAAGAAAUGGAUGUUGACUCUUCACCACCUGAAAAUACAGACAGCCUUGGGAUGCCGGCGAGUUCUCUUCAUACCACCCUACAAUCAGCUGGCAUUAUACCGGGGAUUCAGCAGGCCGAUACUCCUGGAAGCACUGAUGACAUUACAAUGGAUGAUUUGAGUCAGGUGACUAAAGAACCGGACAUAUAUACAGCCACUGGAGAUCAAGACUCGAGACCAACAACGGAUCCAACACAUCCUUCAGACUCCCAGAGAAAUGAGGAUAUCAGUGGCCCUGUCGUCACUCAACAACCCAUCAGAUUACAUGAACAACACCUUCCCAACGUGAGCCGUGAUAAUCAGAACAUAUAUACAGCCUCUGGAGAUCAAGACUCGAUACCAACUCAAAAUCCCCUAACGGAUCAAACCCACCGUUCAGACUCCCAGAGAAAUGAGCAGACCCCAUUUUCAUCAAACAGAGAUGAUCGGUUUUCUAUUGAUAAGGACUUAAACACAGCAGGCGCUGGAGAUCAAGACUCGAGACCAGAUCUGAAUGACAUGAAGUCUACAAACUCGAUGAACACAACGGAUCAAAAACAGCGUCCAGACUCGCCGAGAAAUGAGGACUUAAAUACAGCAGGCGCUGGAGAUCAAGACUCGAGACCAACUCCGGAUGACAUGAAGUCUACAAACUCGAUGAACACAACGGAUCAAAAACCGCGUUCAGACUCGCAGAGAAAUGAGCAGACCCCACCAUCAUCAACCAGAGAUGGUCAGUUCUUUAAUGAUAAGAGCUCACACACAUCAGGAGCCGAAGGACUAGACUUCGGAGCGACUCAGGGUGACAUGAAGAAACCAAGCUCGGCUCAAUGGACAUACGAUGGACAUACUCAUGGACAUAUGGUUCGAUCAUACAGUUCAGAAUCGCAGACAGAAGAGGACAAUAGUAAAGUUGGGGAGGAAUCACAACCUUCAGCACCAGUGGAUGUUGCUAAAUUUACAAUCAAAGUGGACUGGAGAGGACCAUUUCCAGAGAGAUGGAAAGUAACAUUACAGAGAGCCGUUCAGAGCUGGUUGUUAAAGGAGCUGAAAGGACAAGCAUCUGUCCACCUCAUUAAACUCAUGGAUGAUGUGUCCUGUGCAGAGGUGCAGAUAACGCCAUCAGCAGCUCUGGAAGAAAUAAAAAAGUUCAAGUCUAUACCUUUGACCUUUAAACAUGAGAAAAAGGAAGCAACUGCAUGGAUCGGUCAAGGUAAUACAGAUUCUGUGACUGGACAACAAAACCCCUCCAUGCUGAACGAGAGCAGAGAAUCACCACCACAGGUGAACAGCGCUGGACCAUCAGAAGGUGCUGCAACUAACAGUUCAGCAACUUCCACUGUGCCCCUCUAUCAGUUCUGGUACAUGCAUCACGCUUACAGGAAGGAGAUGGAGCAAAUUGAGAAACAGUAUGGAGUCUCUAUUUGUGCAGAAGUGUCAGUCUCAAUCAAACCCACCAAGAGCCCAAGCCCUGAUUCUGUGUCUAAAGCCACUGAUGACUUUUACAAACUUGUUCAGGGAUGUGUUGAUAAUUUUAGUCACGCUUCCAUUAACCAUGAUCAAAUGGAUUCAGAUAUUGUGAAGCAGGCCCUUCAUCACAUCCAGUCGGAGGAGGCAAAGAUGAUGUUCACCAUGUCUGCCAGUGACUGCCUGUUCUUUGGACCGAAGAAACUUACAGACGUGAUUAAAAGAGAGUUUGAAGGAACAAGAGUGGAAAGCCAAUUCAAUGACAAAUCAAGCCAAAUGAAUAAAGACUUUUUUUCUCCACAAAGCAGGUCUUCCUUUAACAUGGACACAAAGGAUCUUCCAACUCAUCUAGAGAUGGACACGGUUCAUUGGGAGCUGAUGAAACUUUCCUAUAAGGAGAAAUUAUCACAGCUUGAAACAAAGUACGGAGUGUCAUUUAAUGAAGAAAAACAGCAGAAAAAUUCAACCAUUAAAGUUCAAGCUCGAUCCAAAGGAGUUCAACAUAAUAAUCUUGAAAGUCAUGCCAUCAGAGCUUUAACACAACUCUACCAGAAACUUGCAUCCGCCGCUGUCACCUGUGAACUCAAAAACCCUAGAGACGCAACUCUUGUGGCAUCAGCAGUAGAGAAACUUCAGCAGGAGCUUCAUUGUGUUGUUGCAGAAGAUGCUUCGAGUGGCUGGAGGCUCGUUGGACUGCCAGAACAUCUCGGUCCUGCCAUUGCUGAAAUCGAGAAGAGACUUCAGAAGAGUGUGUUUGAUGACAAGAAGAAGAAAUCGAUUGGUUACUCAGGGAACGUUCCUCAUGCAAGAGGAAUCCAAUGGUAUCAGAUGCCUGAUUACGGACUAGGAGCCGUGGGAGGAUCAGUACGGGAAGAGGGAGUGAAUUUUAGAAGACAAAGUGAGGCAGACACUGGAUUCAAUGAAGAAUUAAAAGACAAUUCUAGACAUAACAGUAAAGACGCUCAGGCUGAAGAGGAGACGUGUGUCAUUUGUAUGGACAGCUUUACCGACAAGAAAAAACUGAAAUGCGGGCAUGAAUUCUGUCGGGAUUGUAUAAGUGAGUCAGAGAAGAGAAUGGGACUCAUCUGUCCUGUGUGUAAGGAAGUGUAUGGAAAAUUGGAGGGGAACCAACCGAAUGGAAACAUGAAAGUAACAAAGACCGGAAUGAGACUCCCUGGAUAUCCAGAUUGUGGCACUAUUGAAAUCUACUAUGACAUACCUGAUGGUGUUCAAACGGAGAAGCAUGCAAACCCAGGAAAACGUUAUCAUGGGGCACAUCGUCAAGCAUACUUGCCAGACAAUCCUGAAGGAAGAGAAGUGCUCAUACUGCUGGAGAAGGCUUUCAAACAGAAACUGAUCUUUACUGUCGGGAGAUCUACAACUACGGGUGCAGAUAAUAUGGUCACCUGGAAUGAUAUUCACCAUAAGACCAGUAGAUACGGUGGGCCUGAAAGUUAUGGUUAUCCAGACCCUGGCUACCUGAAGAGAGUUAAAGAUGAGUUAAAGGCCAAAGGCAUUGCAUGAGCAUUUGAUUUGUAUGUUCCCAAAUGCAAAUCUAAGCCUAAUGUUUAAAAAUAAACCAUUUAUUAAUAAACAUUUAUUUUGUUAUACACAUUUUAUAUGUAGUGACUUUUGUAAGUAUUUAGACCCUUGAGAAGUUUACUAUAUAUAUAUAUAUAUAUAUAUAUAUAUAUAUAUAUAUUAACUUUUGUUUUGUGUGAAACUCUGAAAAGUGACAUUGCGUUUAAUAAAUUAAAAAUAUAAAACGUUUGUUCUGCAAAAAAUGCUACUCCUCUGCUCUGGAGGUCCAAAUGUUGGUCUAUAACCAACCUGAAAAUCAUUGAGCAAAUCUGCUGAGCAAAAUGGGAAAAUAUUACUUUGUCAUUAAAGUCAACCCAUUCAUCUUAGUACAGCAAAAGGAGGCUAGAUUGAAUAUUAAAAUGAAGGGUUUAAAUACUUAUGCAAGUAAAAUAUUUACAUUUUUUUUUCUUUUUUUUUUCUUUAUUAUCUAUUCAGAAACACCUCAUACAUUUAGAGCAGAUGAAUAUGCAAUAAAAAUGAUUGGAAAAAUUUGUAUGCAUCAAUUUAUUUAAAAAAAAGAAAGAAAAAAAAAUACUUUUCCCAGGCACUUUAUAUGUAUGCUUUUAAUUAAGGUGAAGGGUUUUCAUGAUGUUUAAUUGUAUUUAAAUGUUUUGGCAGCAAAAGCAUGGAAAUCGCAAAAAAAACUCUAGGCUGAGUAGUCAAGUGAGCAUAUCCUCUAGGCAGAUGUGAAGGCACCUGUUUUUGUCAUGAUCAUGUGCACUACUUUUAAUAUGGGACUAAAAAACUGAAAGUGAUUGAUUAGUGAAUUCAUAAAUUAGAAAAAGUACAAAUUAGUGAAUGAAUAUUUGUUUAAUAGUAUAAGUUGAUUCAGUCUGUUUCAUCUCUGCAGCCUCUGAAAUGUCAUGCUUUUCCUUUGAAAUUGUUGGCUUUCUCAGUAAAUCUCUCCGUGUUAG